UCGAUCCUCCGUAAAUGUACGGUUUUUUGUAGAACAAUUUGAAGCAGGUUUUUGUUACACUGCUUACGUAAGUUAUCUAAAACCAUGGCUGCUAAAGAACCCUCACCCAUCGUUAAGCUUUAUCUGAUUAUCUACAACGCUGCACAAGUGCUAGGAUGGUGCUAUAUGCUGUACCAACUGGUAGCUUACUACACCAUUGACAAGGGUUCGGAAAAAACUCUCUGGGAAUAUUUAGGAUUCACCGUCAUCCUGUUCCAAAAUGCAGCCCUAUUAGAGAUCGUCCAUGCUUUCACUCGCAUCGUUCCCAGCAAUCCCGUCAUCACCACGUUCCAGGUGCUAUCGCGCGUGAUGGUCGUUUGUGGUGUCAUUAUGGCAACACCGACUGGCAAAGUUUCGCCCGGUCUUCCGCUCGCUAUUCUCGCCUGGUCGGUUACUGAAAUCAUCCGAUACGCCUACUAUGCGCUCAAUCUGGUAGAUGCGGUCCCGAAGCUGCUAGUUUUCCUUCGUUAUACCACCUUUAUCAUACUCUACCCGACCGGUGUGACCGGCGAGCUGCUCUGCUUUUACUGGGCUCAAUCGCACGUGUCUGAAACGAAGCAAUGGAGCAUCGAAAUGCCCAAUACGUACAACUUCACCUUCUCGUACUUCUACUUCUUGUGGCUGGUGAUGCUGCUCUAUAUUCCGCUAUUCCCCCAGCUGUAUUUGCACAUGUUCGCCCAGCGGAAGAAGAUUCUAGGCUCGGGUACCGUAGCUGGCAAGCAGAAAAGUAAUUGACUAGAGGCUUUUGGCUUCCCAGCCUAAAUGAUAAGCCGAUACGGCGGCUUGAUCGUGACUAAGAUCGUGUUAUUAAUUUAUUCUUCUUCUGCAAUAUUUCCAUGGCUUCUAGUGUUUAGGGUGGGUUCUAUCUCCGUUCAUGUAUCAGGGGCAUUUAUAGACUGAUAAGUUUAAAGUAUUUUGCUUUCUUUUGUCAUAGGUUUAUUUUUACUAUUUCAUUCCGAAUGGUGAUAGUGUGACUUUAAUCCUGUGUGCAUUAUGGGCGUGGGUCGUUCGAAGAGCAAUAAAAUAUUGUAAAAAAUUAA